AUGCUUUCCAAGAUCGCUACCGUUGCCGCCUUCGCCGCUGGUGCUCUUGCCCACGGCACUGUCAAUGGUGUCACCAUCAACGGUCAGUUCGAGCAGGGUUUCCUCCUCGAUUACUACUACGCCAACCAGAACGGUCAGACCCCCGCUGAGCACAUUGGUUGGUACGCCGAGAACCUCGACAACGGCUUUGUCGAGCCCAACUCCUUCGGCGAGGCCGACAUCAUCUGCCACAAGGCUGGUAGCCCCAAGCUCUCCUCCGACUCCAUGGCCAAGGUCGCUGCCGGUGGCACAGUCGAGUUCCACUGGACUACCUGGCCCGAGUCCCACAUGGGCCCCGUCAUCACCUACGUCGCUCCAUACACUGGUGAUGUCGAGUCUGUUGACAAGACCUCGCUCAAGUGGACCAAGAUCCAGGCCGACGGUUACGCUGAUGGCGAGUGGGCUGCCGUCAAGAUGAUCAGCCAGAACAACACAUGGCCCGUCACCGUCCCUGAGUCCCUUGCCGCUGGCAAGUACGUCUUCCGCCACGAGAUCAUCGCUCUUCACGGUGCUAGCUCCGCCAACGGUGCCCAGAACUACCCUCAGUGCUUGAACAUUGAGGUCACCGGUUCCGGAACUGAGACCCCCGAGGGUGUUGUUGGCACCAGCCUCUACACCGCCGACGAGGACGGCAUCAUCUUCAACCCCUACGCCGCCACCAUCAACUACAACAUCCCCGGUCCCGCUCUCUGGACCGGCGGCUCCGGCUCCUCCACCCCCGCUCCCACCACCGGCGCUGGCAACGGCACUGCCACCGCUACCCCCACCGCUCCUGCCGCUACCUCCGCUGCUGCUUCCUCUGCUGCUGCCUCUGCUCCCGCUGCCACCUCCGCCGCUGCUGAGGCUACUCCCGUCGCCAGCUCCACCCCCGUCGCCUCGUCCUCACCUGCUCCUUCCAGCGGCGCCGGUGAGUCCGGCUCGCUCCCAAAGACCUUCACCAUCGAGACCUUCAUUGCUUGGCUCGAGGAGGCUGCUGGUUCUUCCAGCAACACCAAGGCUCGCCGCCACGCUCGCUCUCUCUUCUUCUAG